AUGGUAACUAUUAAGGGAUUGCUAGGAAAAUUUCAUAGUGACUUAGAUGCUACACAUGUGAUUAAUGAUUCACCUGACAAUGAUGUUGAUGAUGAACAAAUUGAUUCCGAUAAGUUACUGACGACAUUGCUUAGUUCUACAACAAAUUCAAAUUUAGCGAAGAGAAGUAAUGUUGAGCAUGAAGACAAUCAAACUGAAUAUGCUCCAUACUUUAAAGACAAGAAUGCAUUGCUCAAUAUAGUUUUAAGGCCGUCAGGUAACAUGAUAAAGCUCAGAUGUCCAGCAAAAGGUAAUCCCGAGCCAAAAUGGGAAUGGAUUAAAAAUGGAGUUCCAAUUGAGAGGAAAUUAGGUCACGUACAAUACAACAAGAUGGCAAUCACUCUUGAAGAUUUAAUUCCAGCCGACAGUGGAAAUUAUACGUGCAUCGUCUGCAAUAAGCAUGAUUGUAUAAAUUUCACAUCAAAAGUGGAAGUUAGCGAUCGCUACCCAUCUGCACCGAUAAUUGUCGAAGGAUUCCCGCGAAAUCAAACCGUCCUGGAAAACUCUACCGUCAUGUUUGAAUGUCCAUUAAUAUCCGAUCUCGGUGUACAUGUUGAGUGGGCGAAAUUUAAAACAGAUUCCACGACUAAUGCAACAAUUCCAAAAAACAUUUCUAAAUUUGAGGAAAAAUUUGACAAUAGAAAACGAGUCAAUCAUGCUCCAAUCUUUAAGACUGUCCUCAAAAAUGAAACUGCGGUGAUCGGUGAAAAUGUAACAUUUGUGGUUGAGAUUCAUUCAGAUUUACAUCGAUCAAUAAAUUGGAUUAAAGGAACUUGUUUUUUUGUUGAUCAGGAACUAAAUUGCAAUGGAACUAAAUUUUCUGUGAAGCAUGACGAUGAACAGUCAGAAACACUUCGACUAGAAAAUGUAACAUUCGCUGAUGAAGGCUGGUACACAUGCAUAGCUGCAAAUAGUUUAGGCAGCACACACGCAAGUGCUUAUCUUUCAGUUGUUGAGACACUUCCGUCGCCUGAUCCUGGCGUAUCUAUUGUCCCGCACAAACAGAAUGAGUUGUAUGGAAUUUUAGUGAUAUGCUUGAUGUUCUUCUUCCUGCUUGCCUUGAUUAUCAUCAUAUUUGUAUGGAAGAAGUACACAAAGACUAAGAAGCUGCAGAGGCAAAUGGAAAGAGUCAAUCAAUGGACUAAGAAGGUUAUUGUUGUGCAGCCAUGCAUUGAUAAUGGAACUCCAGGAAUUUCAGAAACAUUGCAAAUGCCAAUCGUACGUAUCGAGAAGCAUCGAACAGCAAUGGCAGGCAAUUCAAAUGAUCCAAACAUGAUAUCAGAAUAUGAAUUUCCGAUCGAUCUUAAUUGGGAAUUUCCACGUGGUCAACUCGAGUUGUCAAAGAAUUUGGGCGAGGGUGCAUUCGGUAAAGUCGUUAUGGCAGAAGCACAUGGCCUUAUGAAGGCGGGACAAAUCACAGUUGUAGCUGUCAAGAUGUUAAAAGAAGGACAUACAGACGAGGAUGUCAAAGAUCUCGUUUGCGAAAUGGAAGUGAUGAAAAUGAUCGGAACACAUGUCAAUAUAAUUAAUUUACUCGGAUGUUGUUCGCAAGAUGGACCACUUUAUGUCAUUGUUGAAUAUGCCCCGCACGGAAAUUUGAGAGAUUUCCUCCGUAAACAUCGACCAAAUGCUUACACAGACACGCCACAUGAGAAAGAGAAACAGGCAUUAACGCAAAAAGAUUUAGUUUCAUUUGCAUUUCAAAUUGCACGUGGCAUGGAAUAUUUAGCAAGUCGGAAAUGCAUUCAUAGAGAUCUAGCUGCUAGAAAUGUUCUCGUUACUGAUGACUUUGUGAUGAAAAUUGCAGAUUUCGGAUUAGCACGCGAUAUUCACUCGCAAGAUUAUUACAGGAAGACUACUGAUGGCCGAUUACCUGUCAAAUGGAUGAGCCCCGAGUCAUUGUUUGAUAAAGUUUAUGACACACAAAGCGACGUAUGGUCGUAUGGUAUUUUAUUAUGGGAAAUAAUGACAUUAGGUGGCACUCCAUAUCCAAGUGUGCCGAGUGUUAAGAAUUUAUUUGAGAUUUUGAAGAAAGGCGAUCGAAUGGAGAAGCCUGCAUUAUGUUCGAUUGACAUAUAUAUGCUGAUGCGUGAAUGCUGGCACUGGAAUCCAGUAGAACGUCCAACAUUCUGCGAAAUUGUCGAGGAUUUGGACAAAAUAUUAAGCAUAACGGCAAAUGAAGAAUACUUAGACUUAGGACUUCCUCAACUCGAGACACCUCCUAGUUCCAGUGAUGAGGAAUCAGAUGAUGAUGACACGAAGGAGAAAUUUCCUCAUUUACUCUAAAUUUUCCUUUCAAUUUGGUUGUAAAUAUAAAUCAAGAUUAAUAAGUUUAAGUUAUUUUAUGGACAGUCAACAAAAGCAAUGUUUUUAUACUAAAAACAAAUUUAUUGAUUUCACAAUUAUGGAAUUGAUUUUUGUGGAUUAAUAAGUCAAUAUUUCUUAAUUUUAGCAAACAUUUUCUAAGACUAUUAAAUUCAAUUUUGAGAUAGACGAGAAUUAUGAAUAAAAUUUAUUCUUAAGUUUGUUGAAAAGAACCUCCAAAUUGGAAUAUAUGUGAGCACAUGUCUUAUAUCGGAUGGGGUGGGGUCUAUGACACCUUUUGGAACUGACUUAGGAGUCGUUUAUGAAUGAUUUAAAGAGAAUAAGAGACUCUAGAGCUGUGUCAAAGGUGGAGAGGUUUUAAAAAUUCCAUUCUUGAUGGAUGACCCCUAAUUCAAUACACUCAAUUACAAAUCUCAUUUUUGGCGUAAAUUUGCUUGAAAAUUGCUCAAUCUAUGUCAUUAGAGCGCCUUAAGUGUCUCGUGGCCCCCUAACCCUAUUUUCUAGUUAAAAAUAAUCUUAAUUCAGUCCUAAAUUCAAAUCCUUUCCUUUAAAAUAUUCUUAAUAAAUAAAAAACAAAAAUUAUAAUUUUAAACUACCUUUUUCCUUCAAAUGAGUGACACAUUAUAGAGAUUAUUUAAGUUAUGUAGAUUUAAUAUGAUAAAAAAAUGAAAAAAAAAACCUGUAAGUCAAAAAUUUUAUAAUGAAUAAAAAACAAAUAAAG